CCUCGUGGCGAAGCCGAACUCAGAAGUGUUUGGCUGUUGUGUUGACGUGCCUAUGGCAUCGGCUCGCAUAUUGUCAGUCAGUGAAAAGUGGUGUCUCUGGAGGGUUCAACCAGUGCGAUAUGCCCACAACCCAGCAAAUGUUCAGAGAUUUGAACGUGUUCCACAGUCUCUAGUACCACGGCCACCAGUGGAGAUUGUGAGGGGAGGGGUGUGUGCUGUUGCGGAUGUUCUGACAAUUUUGGCUACAGAGACGUGCUGUUACUCAGGCAGUUCCUCACUCCCAUCCCUGUGUCUCAUCAUUGGCCGCAGGCAGACUGGGAUAUGUCAGAAGAUGCAGAACAGAAUCACUAGUGCCAUCAGAAGAUCGAGACAAAUGGGAUUACUUCCAAACUCCACUUCCAGCAAACCCCAUACUGAGUCAUAGUUUAUGGAUUGCAUCAUGUCACUAGAGUCUAGUAUAUAUUUUAUUGACAUGCAUGGUAUAUAUAUUUGACUGAGCUGCGUAGAAAAGCACUGAAG